UAUAAACACCAAAAAGAAGACGAAGAAGAAAAACAAUGUUUUGAAUCAGAUCCUCCUGUUUAUGGUUCUGUUGGGUCUCCUGGUGCCGUAAGGAUGAAGUUGGCGGACAUUAAGAAGUUAAAAGUGGCCGAACUGCGGUCCAAACUAACUGAACUGGGGUUGGACAGCAGAGGACUGAAGGCUGAACUGGUGGACAGGCUGUGGUCCGUCUCACAGAGUCCAGAACAGGACCAGCUGCCGGCGGACUGCUCACCGACACCGUCUGGACCGACGGAACCAGCUGAGGUCCAGCCUCCGAACGAGUCCUCAUCUCCGCCGGGGGUCGACGGUGCUGCUCCGCUGCGCGAAGUAGACCCGGUCCGAGAGUACACGGACACCGCCACGCAGACUGAGCCAGAACCCGGUCCACCAGCGGGCUCUGAGCGCCCACCGGGGGCCGGGACUGGCUGCCAGGCUGGGGGGAAGCAGCAGGGACAGUCGGAUGGUUCUGUCGCGGGGGAAAUGGGCCGAGGGAGAGCUUUCUAUGAGUUCAAGGAGGAGAUACGCUACAAAAGAUCCAAAUCACCACAGCCCCCAGAGGACAAGGACGAGAAAGAGGAGUGGGAUGAGGAUAAAGUUAGAUUAGAUCCACACGUCCGUCACCUCCACUUUGAAGUGGGCCCUGACGGAUCCUGCGGGCAGCCACGGUUCUGGGAUCGGUACCCCUCGCUGUGGUCCGGCUGCAGGCUCACCCACGGGGUGCGGCAGGGCAGGGUGGGCUUUGAGGUUCGGCUGGAGAAGAAACUGUUGUCCGUAGAGACGGAGGGCCGGGAGGCCGAGGGGCCGUACGGCCUGAGAGUGGGCUGGUCGGUGGGCGACGCCUCUCUGCUGCUCGGGGAGGACAAGCUCUCGUUUGCUUAUGAUGGACGUGGUAAAAAGGUUUCUGGUGGGAAGCAGGAGGAGUACGGUGAGCCUCUGGCUGAGGGAGACAUUGUCGGCUGUUACGCUUCUUUUUCUACAGAUGGCGCUGUUGAGCUGUUUUUCCAUAAGAACAACCGCUUCCUGGGCGGGGCGUUUUCCCUGAGGGCCUCUGUGCUGCGGGGUCGAGUCCUGGUCCCUCAUGUUCUCUGUAAGAACUGCUCGGUCCGAUUGCUUCUGGACCCCUCAGCCCCUCAGUGGUACGCCGGACCGCCGGGCUUUACGCCGCUCACAGCGCUCCCUGCUGGCCAGAGAGUGCGCGUCACAUCAACUCUUCCUACUUCCAGGGCGCAGAGCGAGGUGGUGAUGAUGGUGGGUCUUCCCGGCUCGGGGAAGACCUUCUGGGCUCAGGCGCACAUGAAGCAGCAUCCAGAGAAGGAGUACAGACUGUUGGGAACCGAAGAGCUGCUCGCCUGCAUGCUUAGCGGUGGUCCGAGAGGCAGCAGGCUGCAGCAGGCCUCCCAGUGUCUGACCGACCUGAUCAAGGUCGCUGCCGAGACGCCGGGAAACUACAUCCUCGACCAGUGCAACGUCCUCUUCUCCGCGCGUCGGCAUAAGCUGCAGCUGUUCGCCGGCUUCAGACGGAGGGUGGUGGUGCUCUUCCCUCCGGCAGACGAGUGGAGGAGACGGCUGUCGCAGCACCGGAUGGGCGACGGCGAGCACAUCCCUGAGACGGCCCUGCUCAAACUCCAAGUGAGCUGCAGUCUUCCAGAGCCGCAGCCCGAGCUGAUGGAGGAGGUAGAGUACGCGGAGCUGCCGCAGGAGCAGGCGCGAAGCCUCCUGGUGGAGUACAGGGAGGAGGCUCAACGGCUGCUGCCCCCCGUCAUCAAACCAGACAAGAAACCCAGAUGGUACAAGAAAAGACGUCACUUUCCCGGCCCUCCGCCGUCAAACAGGACGCAGUGGACGGCGAUUCCUGGUUGGGGCGACCCGAGAGGUAACAUUCAGCCAUGGGUCCAGCAGGCGAGACACUGGAACCUGCCUUAUCAGUAGCAGAACUACGACUACAACAGAGGUUUUGGGCACCAGAGUUACUCCUGAGGAAACGUGGAGCAAGAAGAUCCGAGGCAGCUGCACCUGUGGACCGGGACGUUUCUGCUGUCAGUCGCUGUGAAGAACCGACGCCGACUGCAGCGCAGUGCAAAAGUCCUGACUGAGACAUCCCUCCUUUUGUUAGAUUUUUAUUGAAAUAAGACAGAAACACAUUUUCUUGUAACCUAUAAGGUGCUCUUAAGCGUUUUCCCCUCAGCAGCCCCCUUUUUAAAUCCAUGAUCGGCAGCUGUUCCUGGCGCUUCAGGAGCCUCUGGCAGGUGAAUGAAUGAAGGCUUAAAGUCGACCCGCCAUUAUUGGGCUUCACAAACGCUUUCCACAUAUACAAGGGUGAAAGCUGUUGUACUGUAGGCCACGCCUACGGUACAAAGAGUGCAGCU